GCAGCGAUGUCAAGUCUACUCAUCAACCUGCCCAAAAUAUUCUUGGCUGAAAGAGCUGGGUUUAUCUGAGGACAACCCUGGUGUUUACAAUGGGCGCUGGGGAGGCAGUGGGGAGGUUGUCACAUCAUACUGUCCAGCUAACAAUGAGCCUAUAGCCAGAGUAACCCAGGGUACUUUGGCAGAGUAUGAAGAAAGUGUCCUGAAGGCAAGGGAGGCCUGGACGAUGGAAAUAGUGAGACAGAUUGGGGAUGCGCUGAGAAAGAAGAUUCAAGUACUUGGAAGCUUGGUGUCUCUAGAAAUGGGCAAGAUCUAUGUGGAAGGAGUGGGUGAAGUUCAGGAAUAUGUUGAUGUCUGUGAUUACGCCGUUGGUCUGUCUAGAAUGAUUGUUCCUUCAGAAAGACCAGGCCAUGUUCUUAUUGAACAGUGGAACCCUGUGGGCCUCGUCGGCAUCAUCACUGCCUUUAAUUUCCCUGUGGCUGUCUAUGGCUGGAACAAUGCUAUUGCUCUCAUCUGUGGCAACGUCUGCCUCUGGAAAGGUGCUCCAACUACUCCUCUUACAAGUGUUGCAGUUACCAAGAUUGUGGCAGAGGUCCUGGAGCAAAACAAUCUGCCUGGUGCUAUCUGUUCCUUGGCCUGUGGUGGUGCAGAUAUUGGCAGUGCCAUGGCAAAGGAUGAACGUGUGGAUCUGUUGUCCUUCACUGGUAGCACCCAUGUAGGAAAGAUUGUGGCCACAACAGUUCAAGAACGAUUCAGACGCAAUCUUCUGGAGCUUGGUGGAAACAAUGCCAUCAUUGCAUUUGAGGAUGCAGACCUGAACCUUGUGGUGCCCUCUGCUGUCUUUGCCUCUGUUGGAACCGCUGGCCAGCGUUGCACUACAACCAGGAGGCUGAUGCUGCAUGAGAGUGUCCAUGACGCAGUCGUUGAGAGGCUCACCAAGGCCUACAAACAAGUCCGCAUUGGAGACCCCUGGGACCCCAGCACCCUGUAUGGUCCAUUGCACACAAAACAAGCAGUGGAUCAGUAUUUGGCUGCUAUUGAACAGGCCAAGAAGCAGGGUGGCACCAUUGUUUAUGGAGGAAAAGUAAUGGACCAUCCUGGAAACUAUGUGGAGCCCACAAUCGUUACAGGGCUGGCUCAUGAUGCACCCAUCGUCCAUACUGAAACCUUCGUCCCCAUUCUUUAUGUCCUCAAGUUCAAAACGGAGGAAGAGGCAUUUGCAUGGAACAAUGAAGUGAAACAGGGGUUAUCCAGCAGCAUCUUCACUAAAGAUAUGGGUCGAAUUUUCCGCUGGCUAGGACCCAAAGGAUCCGACUGUGGUAUUGUGAAUGUCAACGUUCCCACAAGUGGAGCUGAGAUCGGAGGAGCUUUCGGUGGGGAAAAACAGACAGGAGGAGGAAGAGAGUCAGGCAGUGAUUCCUGGAAGCAGUACAUGAGGCGCUCCACGUGCACAAUAAACUACAGCAAGGAUCUUCCUCUGGCUCAAGGCAUCAAGUUUGAGUGAGGCCCAACAGCUGUUUAUCGUUUAACCUUCAAGGACAACACUAAAUAUUUUAGUAGUAGUGUUGCAAACAUGUGUCCUUGUACUUUGCAUUUAGAAAGGUCAGC